UAUUACCUGUUCCUUCUUCCACCACCACUCACUCAUCAUCUCUCCUCAUGGACGUGAGCUUCUCUGCAAAACCCCAAACCUUCAUUUCAUCCUUCAUCAUCCCUCUUCCUUCUUCUUCUUCAAGAUUCUCCUCUCAUUUCUAUCAUUUUCGAACCACCGUUCUCAGAACAGAGUUCCUCGGCAGUGGCAUCCGCUGGAGGCCUCCGUCUCUCCCUUCUGGAAGGAGAUGCCGGAAAUCGGCGCUUUCCGCUCGAUCACCUCGUUUCCUCAUCAGAGCUACCUUCUAUGGAAGAUCCAUUCUCGUCGCUGUCGCAGUUGCCGUUGCCAACUUCGCCGCGCUUCGGUUAUUCUACUUGAAUUACAUGCAGUCGAAGAAAGAGGCUCCAAAGCUUUCAGGUCCCCAAGACCCUAAUAUCCUAAAAAAUCUCCCUUUUUCUAAACACACUGGAGGUGCGACAAAGUGGGGAAACAUUGAGAGUCAGAUUGAAGGUCCAGGGGAUUUCUCUUCGAAGACCUUGAUGGAGGAGAGGGAGAGGGAAGGCAUAUCUGAGGAAGCUGGUGACAAUAUUUGUAGCGAGAAAGGCCAUGCUCCUGACAAGGAAUGCAUGUUGAAGUUUCAUGCAACUGCUUUGAAACAUGAAGAAACUAUAACAGCUGAAAUUUCAGAAGAAACCGGUUCUGAAGUUCUUGCUUCAAGUUCCAGUGACACUGGUUCCCCGCUAACAAAAGAAAAUAUGGGCAUUGCUCUUCCUUCUGUGAUGCUUAGUGAGGCAGGUGUGCUGGAACUGGAAAACUCAGCAACUGAUAUGCCAGAACUUUUAUUGAGUGGUGUUCAAGAAGCUGGGAUAAACUCCAAGGUGCCUAGGGUAGUGGUUGAACCUGCUUUAAGUGGCUCUGUUGUUCCCAUGAAGGACAUGGUUGCAGAAGUUAAUCAUGAUGAUGAGCUACACCAAGGGAUGGCUGAAGAGAGUGAACUUCAAGUCUCAAACUCUAAUGGGCUCAGUGCAUUUGCGAGAGAAGAACUUCACACAUUUUAUGAAGAGAAAGAAGCUGGGGUGAGCUCUAUAUCAACCUUCUGGGGUACAAGCACAAUAUCUCCUCAUAUCUCAUUACAGAAUAACAAUAACGUUUCACUGCCGGUAGUGCCUGGAAAACUGUUGGAGGUCAAAGCAUCAGCAAACAACUUUUCUCACGCUAGAGGGGUUUUACGAGGAGAAGUGCCCCAUGCAUUUUCUAAAAACGGCUCAGCAAGUAAACGAAAAGAAUCUUUCAAAACCAGGGGCUUUUUGAGAGAUGCAAGACCCAUUGAUCAAAAUGUUAAUUGGGAUUUGUCAAGAUCUCCUCGACCAAAUGGUAUCCCUGUCAAAGGUAAAAGCGACCCAUCAGAAUUCUUGAAUACUUACAAUCGUUUGCUGAGAGAUGGAAGGUUAAUUGAUUGCAUUGAGUUGCUGGAAAGCAUGGAAAGAAAGGGAUUGUUGGAUAUGGAUAAGAUUUAUCAUGCGAGGUUUCUUAAGACAUGUAAAAGCAAAAAGGCUGUAAAAGAGGCAUUUCGUUUUGCUAAAUUGAUUAAGAAGCCAACACUUAGUACAUUUAAUAUGCUCUUGUCAGUUUGUGCCAGUUCACAAGAUUCAGAGGGAGCUUUCCGGGUGCUGCUAGUUGUCAAGAAGGCGGGACUACAAGUUGACUGCAAACUUUACACAACACUAAUAUCAACUUGUGCUAAAACUGGAAAAGUUGAUGCAAUGUUCGAAGUCUUUCACGAAAUGGUUAACGCUGGAGUAGAGCCAAAUAUUCAUACAUAUGGUGCACUGAUCGAUGGCUGUGCCAGAGCUGGGCAAGUGGCUAAAGCAUUUGGUGCCUAUGGAAUAAUGAGAUCCAAGAAAGUGAAGCCUGACAGAGUUAUAUUCAAUGCGCUCAUCACUGCAUGCGGUCAAUCGGGAGCAGUGGAUCGUGCUUUUGAUGUCUUAGCAGAGAUGAGGGCAGAGCCACAGCCUAUAGACCCUGAUCAUGUCACUGUCGGUGCUUUGAUGAAGACGUGUGUACAAGCUGGACAGAUUGAUCGUGCACGUGAGGUAUACAAAAUGAUCCAUCUAUAUAACAUCAAGGGAACGCCAGAUGUUUACACAAUUGCUGUUAAUAGCUGUAGCCAGACAGGUGAUCUGGAGUUUGCGCUCAGCGUCUACAGUGACAUGAAAAGAAAUGGCGUUGUCCCUGAUGAGAUGUUUAUUAGUGCAUUAAUAGACGUUGCAGGACAUGCUGGGAAGGUAGAUUUUGCCUUUGAAAUACUACAAGGUGCCCGAAGUCAAGGAAUACAACUUGGGAAUAUAUCAUACAGCUCAUUGAUGGGGGCCUGCAGCAAUGGAAAAAACUGGCAGAAGGCAUCAGAGUUGUAUGAGGACAUUAGGGUUCUUGAAAUGACGCCAACUGUUUCAACAUUGAAUGCUUUGAUCACUUCUUUGUGUGAUGGAGACCAACUACAGAAAUCAGUGGAGGUCCUAAUGGAAAUGAGGGAAGCAGGCGUGUGUCCAAAUGCCAUCACAUACUCCGUCCUUUUAGUAGCAUGUGAAAAGAAGGAUGAACUAGAACUUGGCUUCAAGCUUCUUUCUCAGGCCAAAGAGGAUGGUGUAUCUCCGAACCUCGUUAUGUGCAGAUGCCUGACCGGUCUGUGCUUGCGGAAGUUUGAGAAGGCUAGUUCUCUUGGCGAACCUGUUUUAUCAUUCAACUCUGGAAAACCACAGCUUGAGAAUAAAUGGACAUCAUGGGCAUUAAUGGUUUAUCGUGAAACAAUUGCAGCUGGUGUUGUACCAUCCAUGGAGGUCUUUUCACAUGUUUUGGGAUGCUUGCAGCUUCCUCAUGACACUUCUUUGAGAAAUAGACUUACCGAGAAUCUGGGUGUCAAAAGUGAAGCUUCUAGACACUCAAACUUAUGUUCGUUGCUUGAUGGAUUUGGAGAAUAUGACCCGCGUUCUUUUUCCUUACUUGAGGAAGCUGCUUCACUUGGAAUCAUUCCAUGUGUGUCAUUUAGAGAAAGUCCUAUCAUCUUUGAUGCAAGGAAACUGGAGAUUCAUACUGCCAAGGUCUACCUCCUAACAAUUUUGAAAGGUCUCAGACAUCGACUUGCUGCUGGUGCGAAAUUGCCCAAUAUAUCCAUUUUAUUACAGAUAGAAAGGACCCGGAUUAUCUCCUCUAAAGGAGAUAAAGCAGUUAACCUGGCUGGAAGGGUUGGUCAGGCAGUCAGUGCUUUGCUAAGGAGGUUGGGAGUACCCUAUCAAGGAAAAGAAUCGCUUGGGAAAAUCAGAAUAAGUGGCCUUGCCCUGAAAAGGUGGUUUCAGCCUAAGCUUGUCAAGCUAACUUCUCCAUUUGAUGGGAAACCAGCUGAAUCAAGUUCAUUGCCGACAACUUUGGCUAGAGGUAUCACCAAUCAACAGCGUAGCAUCCGUAGUAGCAACUUAUCCCUCGAAGGGAAUCAAUCACCUUCCCAGCCACCAAAAACCUGGGAAGGACACUGCGCCCAUGACCCACACUCAGAGCAGCAGCAGCAAGAGAUAUGGUUUCUUUCAUUGUAAGAUGCACAGAAGACACCCUUGACAUCUGAAAUAAAAUGAAAAAGAAGAGAAGCAAGCUAUCUAGGAUUGAACAUGAUAUUGGUUGUCAUUUCAGAUGUCGAUUAUAAAGGCAAUUAAAAAUUAGAAGUAACCAAUACAUGAAUGUUUGUGAUACUCUUCUACAGAUAAUCAAAUAAUUAUAAAGCUCAA